AUGGACGGCGCUGGCAUUUGCUGGUUGGGCCCCUUAGUCAGUCUUACCCCAUGCUUACUUACCCAUCCGCGCCCCGCCCGAGCCAAUCCCGGAUCGCCGGCCAGGAGUAUAAAGUCGAUCAGCGAUCUAGACAAGCGACGAAAUACUUUCUUCAGAAUGCAAAUUGCAACACCAUCCUACCUCUUCUUAUUCUUUGUUCCUCUAAUAUUGCUCCUCAUCAAGUCAAUUCUUCCCACCAAUUCCGUUAUGUCCAAACCUCUCGCCCACGCUUCCAUUGUCGCCCGUCGCUCCAGUGAGCGCGGGUACGCCGAACACGGCGGCUGGCUCAAAAGCUUCCACACCUUCAGUUUUGCCAGUUACUAUGACCACCGCUUUAACAACUUUGGCAGUCUGCGCGUUCUCAAUGAGGACCGUGUAGCGGCUCGUAAUGGAUUCCCAACCCACCCUCACCGCGAUGCCGAAAUCUUCAGCUACAUCCUCAACGGAGAGCUCACGCACCGCGAUAGCAUGAUCAAAAAGGGUGCGGAAGGCGCCCAGGGCAAGCAAUUCUACCGCAUGAAGCGUGGCGACGUUCAAUUCACCACUGGUGGAACAGGAAUCGCACACUCCGAACAAAACGAAUCCAACAAGCCCGUCCACUUCCUCCAGAUCUGGGCUCUGCCCUGGAAAUAUGGCCUCAAGCCCCAAUACCACACCCGCACAUUCGACGAAGCCGCCAAGCGCAAAGCAUUCGUCCCGAUCCUCUCCCCGCUGGCUGCCGGGCCCGAAGCAACCCCUGCCGACGAGGAAGCCGCCGUCCCUAAGAUCCCAGACACGAUCCCGAUUCACGCAGACUUUGUGAUGGGCGCGGGAAUCAUUGAACCCGGGCAGAAGUUCCAGUGGACUGUUGGUGCUGGCGAAGACGUGGUUAGCCGCAAGAAGAAGAGGAACGUGUAUGUGCAUUUGCCCAUGACGAAGAACGGCAAGGCCCAGAUCCGGUUGGAUCAUCGGGACGAGGCGGUUCUGAGUGAGGGUGAUGGAGCGUUCAUCACAGGGGUGAAUGCGGGUGAUGUGCUGAGUGUGGAGAGUGUUGGGGAUGCUGAGGCUGAGGUUAUUGUUUUGGAUAGUGAUUAG